UACCGCAGGCAGGGGGCGGCAACAUGGCGGCGUGAGCGGCGGCGGUUUCGGCUCCACAACAACAGCGGCAGCUGCGAUCGCCCGCGCCGUCGCCAGCUCCGCGCGUCGCUCGCCUCUGCCGGGCCGCGCCGCGCUCGGCGGCGCCCGCUCCUCUCGCCCUGCGGCGGGGAGGCGGCUCCGCUGGAAAGCCCUCGGCUAACGGGGCAUCGGCGCCCAUAAUAAUCACUCAUUAUAGCGGAGCGGGGGAGCGGCUCCUGGGACGGUGCCUGCGCCUCGGCCCGGCUCCCUGCGGCUUCGCCGGGUGCGACUGCGGUGGAUGCGCGGCUCGGCCCGGCCGGGCGGGGAGGCGGCGGCAGGUGCCGGUAACGGCGGGGGUUAAAUGGCGAGCGAGAAGCCGGUGACGGGGCCGGACCCGCAGCCCGCGGGACUCAUCUCCGUCGGGGCCAGCGGUGCAGGCAGCGGCGGCGGCGGCAGCAGCGUCGCGGUGAUGGGGGAGCUGAGGGCGUCGGGCUCCGGGUCCGUGGUGCUCCCCGCGGGGAUGAUUAACCCGUCGGUGCCGAUCCGCAAUAUUCGGAUGAAAUUCGCCGUCCUCAUCGGACUCAUCCAGGUCGGGGAGGUCAGCAACCGGGACAUCGUGGAGACGGUGCUGAACCUGCUGGUUGGUGGCGAAUUUGAUCUGGAGAUGAACUUUAUAAUCCAGGACGCAGAGAGCAUUACGUGCAUGUCGGAGCUUUUGGAGCACUGUGAUGUAACAUGCCAAGCAGAAAUCUGGAGUAUGUUCACAGCAAUUCUGCGGAAAAGUGUCCGUAAUUUACAGACUAGCACGGAAGUUGGUCUAAUUGAACAGGUACUGCUGAAGAUGAGUACUGUCGACGACAUGAUUGCAGAUCUUCUAGUUGAUAUGUUGGGGGUUCUUGCCAGCUACAGCAUCACUGUCAAAGAGUUGAAGCUUUUGUUCAGCAUGCUGCGAGGCGAAAAUGGAAUCUGGCCAAGACAUGCGGUUAAACUAUUAUCAGUCCUUAAUCAGAUGCCACAGAGACAUGGGCCUGAUACCUUUUUCAACUUCCCAGGCUGUAGUGCUGCAGCAAUUGCAUUGCCUCCUAUUGCUAAGUGGCCUUAUCAAAAUGGGUUUACUCUUAACACCUGGUUUCGUAUGGAUCCGCUAAACAAUAUCAAUGUAGAUAAGGAUAAACCCUAUCUCUAUUGUUUCCGCACUAGCAAAGGUGUUGGGUAUUCUGCUCAUUUUGUUGGCAACUGCUUAAUAGUUACAUCGUUGAAGUCAAAAGGCAAAGGUUUCCAGCACUGUGUGAAGUAUGACUUUCAGCCACGCAAGUGGUACAUGAUAAGCAUAGUACACAUCUAUAACCGAUGGAGAAACAGUGAAAUACGAUGCUACGUGAAUGGUCAGCUGGUAUCCUAUGGUGACAUGGCCUGGCAUGUUAACACGAAUGAUAGCUACGACAAAUGUUUUCUUGGCUCUUCGGAGACUGCUGAUGCUAAUAGAGUGUUCUGUGGCCAGCUUGGAGCAGUAUAUGUAUUCACUGAAGCGCUCAACCCAGCACAGAUUUUUGCAAUACAUCAGUUAGGACCUGGCUAUAAGAGCACAUUCAAAUUUAAAUCUGAGAGUGACAUUCAUCUGGCUGAACACCACAAACAAGUGCUAUAUGAUGGGAAACUUGCAAGUAGCAUUGCUUUUACUUACAAUGCGAAAGCUACUGAUGCUCAGCUAUGCCUUGAAUCCUCACCAAAGGAAAAUCCUUCAAUUUUUGUACACUCCCCCCAUGCUCUUAUGCUUCAGGAUGUGAAAGCUAUUGUAACACACUCCAUUCACAGCGCCAUUCAUUCCAUUGGAGGAAUUCAGGUUCUCUUUCCUCUCUUCGCCCAGUUAGACAAUCGACAGCUGCACGACAGUCAGGUGGAAACAACAGUUUGUGCUACCCUGUUGGCUUUUUUGGUUGAGCUUCUUAAGAGUUCAGUAGCCAUGCAAGAACAAAUGCUUGGUGGAAAAGGCUUCCUAGUCAUUGGCUACCUCCUUGAAAAGUCAUCUAGAGUUCAUAUAACCAGAGCAGUUCUGGAACAAUUUUUGUCGUUUGCGAAAUAUUUGGAUGGAUUGUCUCAUGGAGCACCACUGCUGAAGCAAUUAUGUGACCACAUCCUGUUUAAUCCUGCUAUCUGGAUACACACCCCUGCAAAGGUGCAACUUUCUUUGUAUACCUACUUGUCAGCUGAAUUCAUUGGAACUGCUACGAUCUAUAACACCAUACGCAGAGUGGGAACAGUACUGCAGUUAAUGCACACACUGAAAUACUACUACUGGGUGGUUAAUCCUGCUGAUAGCAGUGGCAUUACUCCUAAAGGAUUAGAUGGUCCUCGGCCCUCACAGAAAGAAAUCAUAUCACUAAGGGCAUUUAUGCUUCUGUUUUUGAAACAACUUAUAUUGAAGGAUCGAGGAGUGAAAGAAGAUGAACUACAGAGCAUAUUAAAUUACUUAUUAACAAUGCAUGAGGAUGAAAAUAUUCAUGAUGUACUGCAGCUGCUAGUGGCACUGAUGUCCGAACAUCCAGCAUCCAUGAUACCUGCCUUUGAUCAGAGAAAUGGGAUACGAGUAAUUUAUAAGUUAUUGGCUUCCAAAAGUGAGAGUAUAUGGGUGCAAGCUUUGAAGGUGCUUGGAUAUUUUCUUAAACACUUGGGUCAUAAGCGAAAGGUGGAAAUAAUGCAUACUCACAGUCUUUUCACGCUUCUCGGAGAACGGUUGAUGCUGCAUACAAAUACAGUGACAGUUACAACCUAUAACACUCUUUAUGAGAUUUUGACAGAACAAGUGUGCACUCAAGUUGUUCAUAAACCACACCCGGAGCCAGAUUCGACAGUGAAAAUUCAGAAUCCAAUGAUUCUUAAGGUGGUGGCAACACUGUUAAAAAACUCCACGCCAAGUGCAGAGCUGAUGGAAGUUCGACGUUUGUUCUUAUCUGACAUGAUAAAGCUCUUUAGUAAUAGCCGUGAAAACAGAAGAUGUUUACUUCAGUGUUCAGUGUGGCAGGACUGGAUGUUUUCUCUGGGAUACAUUAACCCAAAGAACUCUGAAGAGCAGAAGAUCACAGAGAUGGUUUACAACAUUUUCCGUAUUCUCUUGUAUCAUGCAAUAAAAUAUGAAUGGGGAGGCUGGAGAGUGUGGGUGGAUACUCUUUCUAUAGCUCAUUCCAAGGUCACAUAUGAGGCACACAAGGAGUAUCUAGCAAAAAUGUAUGAAGAGUAUCAAAGGCAAGAGGAAGAAAAUAUUAAAAAGGGGAAGAAGGGGAAUGUGAGCACUAUCUCAGGUCUUUCCUCUCAGACAACAGGAGCAAAAGGUGGAAUGGAAAUUCGAGAGAUAGAAGACCUUUCACAAAGUCAAAGUCCAGAAAGUGAAACGGAUUACCCUGUCAGUACAGAUACAAGGGACUUGCUCAUGGCUACAAAGGUGCCAGAUGAUGUGCUUGGAAGUGCUGAGAGACCAGGAGGAGGAGUGCAUGUGGAAGUUCACGACCUUUUAGUUGACAUAAAAGCUGAAAAGGUAGAAGCUACUGAAGUAAAGCUUGAUGAUAUGGAUUUAUCACCAGAGACACUGGUAACUGGAGAAAAUGGUGCACUUGUAGAAGUUGAAUCUCUUCUAGAUAAUGUGUAUAGUGCUGCUGUUGAGAAGCUCCAAAACAAUGUUCAUGGAAGCGUGGGUAUUAUUAAGAAGAAUGAGGAAAAAGAUAAUGGUCCGUUAAUAACUCUGGCUGAUGAGAAAGAUGAACCUUCUACUAACAGUACCUCAUUUCUCUUUGAUAAAAUACCUAGUCAAGAGGAGAAACUUCUGCCUGAACUUUCAAGUAAUCACAUUUCUAUUCCAAAUGUGCAAGAAACACAGAUGCAUCUUGGUGUAAACGAUGAUUUGGGAUUGCUUGCACAUAUGACGGGUAGUGUAGAUAUAACAUGUGCUUCAAGUAUAAUAGAGGACAAGGAGUUCAAGAUUCACACAACUUCAGAUGGAAUGAGUAGCAUUUCUGAGAGAGAAUUGGCUUCAUCAUCUAAAGGAUUAGAAUAUGCUGAAAUGACUGCAACAACUCUUGAAACAGAGUCUUCUGGUAACAAAACUGUACCUAGUGUUGAUGGAGGAAGUAUAAUAUCAGAUACAGAAAGAUCUGAUGAUGGUAAGGAAGCAGGAAAGGAGAUACGAAAGAUCCAGACAACUACCACAACCCAGGCAGUACAGGGUCGAUCUGUCACCCAGCAAGACAGGGAUUUACGUGUUGACUUGGGAUUUCGAGGAAUGCCAAUGACGGAAGAGCAGCGACGACAGUUUAGUCCAGGUCCACGCACAACUAUGUUUCGUAUUCCAGAGUUUAAAUGGUCACCCAUGCACCAGCGGCUCUUGACAGACUUGCUUUUUGCACUAGAAACAGAUGUACAUGUUUGGAGAAGUCACUCCACGAAGUCAGUGAUGGACUUUGUCAAUAGUAAUGAAAAUAUUAUUUUUGUACACAACACAAUACACCUCAUUUCCCAGAUGGUAGACAAUAUCAUUAUUGCUUGUGGAGGAAUUUUACCGCUGUUGUCAGCAGCCACAUCCCCAACUGGUUCUAAGGUUAGUAUUGCUGCUACUGAAUUGGAAAAUAUUGAAGUAACACAAGGAAUGUCAGCAGAGACAGCAGUAACUUUUCUCAGCCGUCUGAUGGCAAUGGUUGAUGUACUAGUAUUUGCCAGUUCUCUAAAUUUUAGUGAGAUUGAAGCUGAAAAAAACAUGUCUUCUGGAGGUCUAAUGCGACAAUGCCUAAGGCUUGUUUGCUGUGUGGCUGUGAGAAACUGCUUAGAAUGUCGGCAAAGGCAGAGAGAGAGAGUGAAUAAGACAUCAUUAAUCGGCAGUAAAACUCAAGAUGCUCUUCAGAGUGUAACUGCAUCAGCAGCAACCAAGACUCCCCUUGAAAAUGUCCCUGGCAAUCUUUCUCCUAUAAAAGACCCUGACAGGCUUCUGCAGGAUGUUGAUAUUAAUCGUCUACGAGCAGUUGUUUUUCGUGAUGUGGAUGACAGCAAACAAGCUCAGUUCUUAGCUUUGGCAGUAGUCUACUUUAUUUCUGUUUUGAUGGUCUCCAAAUACCGCGAUAUACUAGAACCACAACGAGAAACUGCAAGAUCUGGGAGCCAGGCAGGUAGAAAUAUCAGACAAGAGAUAAAUUCACCAACGAGUACAGUUGUGGUCAUACCAUCUAUCCCUCACCCAAGUUUGAACCAUGGAUUCCUUGCCAAGUUAAUUCCUGAGCAGAGCUUUGCCCACUCAUUUUACAAAGAGACACCAACUGUAUUUCCAGAAAAUAUCAAAGAUAAAGAAACACCGACACCAGUUGAAGAUAUUCAGCUGGAAAGCUCUAUUCCUCAUACAGAUUCUGGAAUUGGAGAUGAACAGAUGCCCAAUAUUUUGAAUGGGACAGACUUGGAGACCAGCACAGGCCCCGAUGCUAUGAGUGAACUGUUGUCUACUUUGUCUUCGGAAGUGAAGAAAUCUCAGGAGAGCUUAACAGAAAGCCCCAGUGAGAUCUUGAAACCCGCAUCAUCGAUAUCCAGCAUCAGCCAAAGUAAAGGCAUCAAUGUCAAGGAAAUACUGAAAAGUCUUGUGGCAGCCCCUGUUGAAAUUGCAGAAUGUGGUCCGGAUCCAAUCCCUUACCCAGAUCCCGCACUGAAGAGAGAAGCUCAUGCUAUUCUUCCCAUGCAGUUUCACUCGUUUGACAGGAGUGUGGUUGUACCAGUAAAGAAACCCCCUCCAGGUAGCCUGGCCGUGACCACAGUUGGAGCUGCCACAGCUGGGAGUGGACUGCCCCCGGGUAGUACACCUAAUAUAUUUGCUGCAACAGGAGCUACACCAAAAAGUAUGAUUAAUACAACAGGUGCGGUAGACUCAGGAUCUUCUUCUUCCUCUUCGUCAUCCAGCUUUGUGAAUGGUGCUACCAGCAAAAAUCUCCCAGCUGUCCAAACUGUUGCUCCAAUGCCAGAGGAUUCAGCUGAAAAUAUGAGUAUCACUGCAAAGCUUGAAAGAGCUCUAGAAAAGGUGGCCCCUCUCCUGCGAGAAAUUUUUGUUGACUUUGCCCCUUUCUUAUCCCGAACACUCUUGGGCAGUCAUGGGCAAGAGCUGCUGAUUGAAGGUCUGGUUUGUAUGAAGUCGAGUACUUCGGUAGUUGAACUUGUUAUGCUGCUUUGUUCACAGGAAUGGCAAAAUUCUAUUCAGAAGAAUGCAGGACUUGCAUUUAUUGAGCUCAUCAAUGAAGGAAGAUUAUUAUGUCAUGCAAUGAAAGACCAUAUAGUGCGUGUUGCAAAUGAAGCAGAGUUUAUUUUGAACCGACAAAGAGCUGAAGAUGUCCACAAGCAUGCUGAGUUUGAGUCGCAGUGUGCUCAGUAUGCUGCUGACAGAAGAGAAGAGGAGAAGAUGUGUGAUCAUCUUAUCAGUGCUGCUAAGCAUCGAGAUCAUGUUACAGCAAAUCAGCUGAAACAGAAGAUACUCAACAUACUGACAAAUAAACAUGGUGCCUGGGGAGCUGUUUCUCACAGCCAACUGCACGACUUCUGGCGCUUGGAUUACUGGGAAGAUGAUUUGCGCCGGCGGAGGCGAUUUGUUCGCAAUGCUUUUGGGUCUACUCAUUCUGAUGCUCUCCUAAAAGCUGCCGUGGAAUAUGGCACUGAAGAGGAUGUAGUGAAAUCAAAGAAAACUUUCCGAAGUCAAGCUGUGGUAAAUCAGAAUGCAGAAACAGAGCUUAUGCUGGAAGGAGAUGAUGAUGCUGUUAGCCUGCUCCAAGAGAAAGAGAUUGACAACCUUGCAGCUCCUUUUCUUCCCAGACUGUUCACUUCAAGAGGCCCCGUGGUCCUCAGCACGCCGGCACAGCUCAUCGCCCCCGUGGUGGUGGCCAAGGGGACGCUCUCCAUCACCACCACGGAAAUCUACUUCGAGGUGGACGAGGAUGACCAGGCCUUCAAGAAGAUCGACCCCAAGGUCCUUGCCUAUACAGAAGGCCUUCAUGGAAAAUGGAUGUUCAGUGAGAUUCGGGCUGUUUUUUCAAGACGUUAUCUUCUCCAGAACACAGCUUUGGAAGUGUUUAUGGCAAACAGAACUUCUGUUAUGUUUAAUUUUCCUGACCAAGCAACGGUGAAAAAAGUUGUCUACAGCUUACCACGUGUUGGAGUAGGAACCAGCUAUGGUUUGCCACAAGCCAGGAGAAUCUCUCUGGCCACUCCUCGACAGCUUUAUAAAUCCUCCAACAUGACUCAGCGCUGGCAGAGACGGGAGAUAUCUAACUUUGAAUACUUGAUGUUCCUCAACACUAUAGCAGGACGAACGUACAAUGAUCUGAACCAAUACCCUGUAUUUCCAUGGGUUUUAACAAACUAUGAAUCUGAAGAGUUAGACCUGACCCUUCCAGGCAACUUCAGAGAUCUUUCAAAGCCCAUCGGUGCUUUGAACCCAAAGAGAGCGGUCUUCUAUGCAGAACGGUAUGAGACAUGGGAAGAUGAUCAGACUCCACCUUAUCAUUACAACACCCACUACUCUACAUCUACUUCUACUUUGGCUUGGCUUGUUCGUAUUGAGCCCUUUACAACAUUCUUUCUAAAUGCAAAUGAUGGCAAAUUUGACCACCCAGAUCGAACCUUCUCUUCAGUAGCGAGGUCUUGGAGGAACAGCCAAAGAGAUACCUCAGAUGUGAAGGAGUUAAUUCCAGAGUUUUACUACCUACCAGAGAUGUUUGUCAACAGUAAUGGCUAUAAUCUAGGAAUCAGAGAAGACGAAGUUGUUGUCAAUGAUGUGGAUCUCCCUCCAUGGGCCAAGAAGCCUGAAGACUUUGUCCGCAUCAACAGGAUGGCCCUGGAAAGCGAGUUUGUAUCAUGUCAACUUCAUCAGUGGAUUGACCUUGUAUUUGGCUACAAGCAACGAGGACCAGAAGCAGUGCGUGCACUCAAUGUUUUCCACUACCUAACAUAUGAAGGCUCUGUGAACCUGGACAGUAUCACUGAUCCUGUCCUCAGGGAGAUUCCAGAGGCUUAUUUUAUUAGAGAUCCUCAUACUUUCCUCCUUACAAAGGACUUUAUUAAGGCCAUGGAGGCGCAGAUACAGAACUUUGGACAGACGCCAUCGCAGUUGCUCAUUGAGCCCCAUCCACCUCGGAGCUCUGCCAUGCACCUGUGUUUCCUUCCACAGAGCCCUCUCAUGUUUAAAGAUCAGAUGCAGCAGGAUGUCAUCAUGGUGCUGAAGUUCCCAUCAAAUUCCCCUGUCACACACGUGGCAGCCAACACGCUGCCCCACCUGACCAUUCCUGCCGUGGUCACUGUCACCUGCAGCAGGCUGUUUGCAGUCAAUCGGUGGCACAACACAGUAGGCCUUCGGGGAGCCCCAGGUUAUUCUUUGGAUCAAGCCCAUCACCUUCCAAUCGAAAUGGAUCCAUUGAUUGCCAAUAACUCUGGUGUGAACAAACGGCAGAUCACAGACCUUGUGGAUCAGAGCAUCCAGAUCAAUGCACACUGCUUCGUGGUCACAGCAGAUAAUCGCUACAUUCUUAUCUGUGGUUUCUGGGACAAGAGCUUUCGAGUUUAUUCUACAGAAACAGGAAAAUUAACUCAGAUUGUGUUUGGCCACUGGGAUGUCGUGACUUGCCUUGCCAGAUCAGAGUCCUAUAUUGGUGGUGAUUGCUACAUUGUGUCUGGGUCUCGUGAUGCUACAUUGCUGCUUUGGUACUGGAGUGGCCGACAUCAUAUUAUAGGGGACAACCCAAAUAGCAGUGAUUAUCCAGCUCCUCGAGCUGUUCUAACUGGUCAUGACCAUGAAGUUGUCUGUGUGUCGGUCUGUGCAGAGCUGGGACUCGUUAUCAGCGGUGCUAAAGAAGGUCCCUGUCUGGUACACACAAUUACUGGAGAUUUGCUGAGAGCCCUGGAAGGAACAGAAAACUGCUUGUAUCCUCGUUUAAUUUCAGUAUCUAGUGAAGGUCACUGCAUCAUCUACUAUGAACGAGGACGGUUCAGCAAUUUCAGCAUUAAUGGCAAACUCUUAGCUCAGAUGGAGAUCAAUGAUUCAACCAGGGCUAUCCUCCUGAGCAGUGACGGGCAGAACCUGGUGACAGGGGGAGACAAUGGCGUAGUAGAAGUGUGGCAGGCCUGUGACUUCAAGCAGCUCUACAUUUACCCUGGCUGUGAUGCUGGUAUAAGAGCUAUGGAUCUGUCUCAUGAUCAGAGAACUCUGAUUACUGGCAUGGCUUCUGGCAGCAUCGUAGCUUUUAAUAUAGAUUUUAACCGGUGGCAUUAUGAACAUCAGAACAGAUACUGAAGCAGAAUGAAGAACUGAAAGCCCAGGUAAAGCUGAGAGCACAAGUGCUGCGAUGAAAGGUGUAGUCUCUGGUGGAAAACCACGUCUGCAUUGACCUCCGUUGUACAUUCCAUUACACCCAGCAAUAGCUGUACAUUGUAGUCAGCAACCAUUUUACUUUGUGUGUUUUUUCACAACUGAACACCAGCUGCUGAAAAGCAAGCUUCUAUCAUGUAAAUUAUAUGAAUUAGGAGAUGUUUUGGUAAUUAUUUCAUAUAUCUUUGUUUAUUGAGAAAAGGUAGUAGGAUGCGCCACAAGAGACUUUUGAAAAUUCUGAGGAACUUUGUGUCCAGUUGUUUCAAUGUUUAGGCUUUGAACCUAACAUGCAUCCCAUCUCCAGCCUCUUUUCAAGCUGAGAUUAAAAAAAUAUGUUUGAUACUUUGUACAUCAGAUGCACAUCUUAACUUUAAAGGGGUACUUUUGUAAAAGUAAAACCUUGUAUAAAGAACAAAACCGUUUCUUAAUUUUAUUGUGGAGUUACAACUUGCAUGUACUUUAAACCUGAUGUCUUGAAGGAACAGGUGCAUUCACAUAAAUCAGACUGGAGAUCUGCCUAAGGGUACAGCUUGUGUUAAAGGGUUGAAUUUGGGAGCAAACAGUAAUUUUGACAUUUCCACCAACACAUGUUUUUCACUUUUUGAAUCUAAACUUUACCCCUUUUAAGUGGAGUUCUGCUCAUGAAGCAUUUGGAUAAAAAGCCAUCAUUUGCCAUAUUUAUACUUUAUAUAUACAAUAGCAACUGAUUUCCUCCCUUUAAAUUCAAAGACUAGACAGAAAGGGAGCAAAGAGGGACAUUCACUUUAGUGCUUUGUAAUGCUUAAUGACUCCCAAUACAGACAAAGUGCUAUACUUCUGGAUUAUUAGCAUUUGGCAUACAAACCAUGGGUGAGAGAGUCCCCAGUGAUUUUUUUCCCUUAUUUUUCCUCUGAGCAGCUUGGUUUAUUUGACAGCCUUAGCUUCAUUGUAAAGGUGACUGAAGUUAUUCUUUUCAGUUCUGAAAAUCUCACCUGAAGCCACUCAGACUAAGGCACUUCAUGUUUUACAAUACUGUAAUGAUAACUAUCUGAAUAAUUUUCUGCACAUUGUACUGAUCAAAUUACACACCCAGGGGUAUAUACAUUUAAUUCAUGUUUCUUCUUUGUAUAUUUGGUGACUGUAUUGUCAUAGAUGUACAUAUUGUGUCGGUAGGGCUAUGAGGCAUGUAACAGGAAUGUAAUUUUCUCAGAAUUUACACUCGCAGUCAUUUAUUUAAAAAGAUAAUGGAUUCUUUGUAUUGGCACUUUGCACCAGAAACAUAUCAUUAUUUAUUGAUGUGAUUACUUAUUUGUUAUCCACCUUGUAUUAGUAAGUUUAGCACUGAAUUUCCUUCUUCAUUGUUGUUUGUAUUUAUAAGGUUUGAAAUCAUGGGGAUCAGUGUAAUGAUUAAGUUAUUCAUCACCCGUCUGUAAGCAAUAUCUUGAGUUUGUAGCUUAGAAUUGGGAGACUAUUGAACAUCUGGAAGACAAGUUCAUUUCAUCUUGAGAUCAUGGUGAAAUAUUUUGGAUAUAUAAAUUCCUUAAGCUAUUGUAACCAUGUUUUAUUGCAAAGAUGUAAAAUAUGCCAGAUGUGUGUGAGUUGGAAAUCAAAAAGAAAAAUAAAAUAUGCAAAGAAUUCA